GCCUUGUGCGUCACUGUCCAAUCUCUCCUGGGCAACUCCCUCACCACCAUGACAACCACCGACGAAAUGAUGAACGAAAAAACAGACCUCGAGAGUCCCUCUCAGGAACCCGUCAAUCCGGAUAUCCUCAACCCCCUCUUAUUCCUACUGGCUUCUCGUCGCGGCGUUCGGAAUGAUGCGCUGUUCGCCGAGGCCGCCGUGCCGGACGACUACAUCUUGCGAUUUCAGGGCAAGUCCGGCGUGGAAGCCAUCAACAUCAAGCCUCUGUGGAAGCGAAUCGUUUUCUCUUUCGGCAUUUUGUCCGGCAAAUUCUUCAUAGUCUUCGCCAUGUUUAACUUCGGCUACAUGCUUGCCCAGGUAAUUGACCACCGGUCCGGCGACCAGGAGUACAACCGCUCUAGGCUUUGGGCUCAUAUGAGAGCGGGCGCCUACGCUGCUCUUCUCUCGAUAUUCCUCCUGCUCGCAGCCAAGCAGUACGCGAAACGCAUGAUCGCCGACGCUACGCCGCCGCAGUACGAUCCCACGUCCUACCAGUUCCGCCUAGUCAGCGCCAUGGAGCAACGCGGCAUUGAAUAUCGCGAGGUCCUGCCCGCCACGCCGGAUGAUAUGGGGCGGUAUAGGCAGGAGGAACAAGCGCUGCGUGAACGGUUCCGGAUUGUCGGGCUGGUGGAUCCGGGAGAUGCCAUCCAUGUUUACGAUCUGGUGGUGCGGUUUUACAAUAAUGGAAACAUUGUUUUGCAGUUUCCGGCGGCGGAUCCGACGGCGGCGAGGUCGAUGGUUGCCAUGUCGGUGAAUGCCUCUGCUUAA